CACAACUGUGACCUGUCUUCUCAGCUUCGCUCCGCCGUAGCAUGGGAAAAGCAAGAGCAGCAGCAGCGGGGAGACAGCUGGCUGCCUGCUUAGAAACCUAGAAAGACAUCGUUGCGUCACUUCAUGCUCGGUUUCUGUCCACUACCUUGUGCAUCAGUGGAAUUUCCUCUGCUGGAAUGAGAUAAUGGCAUCUUCAAGCUGUUGAAAGAAAGGGAAUAUUUCUUCUCAGUUAUGAUGAUUUGACAUAAUUAACAUUUUAUUAACCAUGAUGGCAACACAGACAUUAAGUAUAGACAACUAUCAAGAUGGACAACAGAUGCAAGUAGUAACAGAAUUAAAAACGGAACAAGAUCCAAACUGCUCUGAAACUGAUGCAGAAGGGGUGAGUCCUGCCCCUGUAGAAUCUCAAACUCCAAUGGAUGCAGACAAGCAGGCCAUUUACAGGCACCCACUAUUUCCCUUGUUAGCGUUAUUAUUUGAAAAAUGUGAACAAUCUACACAAGGUUCAGAAGGCACAACUUCUGCUAGUUUUGAUGUAGAUAUUGAAAAUUUUGUAAGGAAGCAGGAGAAAGAAGGAAAGCCGUUUUUCUGUGAAGAUCCAGAAACUGAUAAUCUGAUGGUAAAAGCAAUCCAAGUUCUACGUAUCCAUCUGCUUGAGCUAGAAAAGGUUAAUGAACUCUGCAAGGAUUUCUGUAGUCGCUACAUUGCCUGCCUGAAGACAAAAAUGAAUAGUGAAACUCUAUUAAGUGGAGAGCCCGGAAGUCCUUAUUCGCCUGUGCAAUCUCAGCAAAUUCCAAGUGCCAUUGCAGGCACACUCAGUCCCCAAGGGAUUAUGGUGCCAGCAUCAGCAUUGCAGCAGGGAAAUGUAACUAUGGCAACAGUAGCAGGGGGGACAGUGUACCAGCCUGUCACUGUGGUCACUCCACAAGGCCAAGUGGUGACACAAGCACUGUCACCUGGGACUAUUAGGAUCCAGAAUUCUCAGCUUCAGUUGCAAUUAAACCAAGAUCUAGGCAUCUUGCAUCAAGAUGAUGGCUCGUCAAAAAACAAAAGAGGAGUUCUUCCCAAGCACGCUACAAAUGUGAUGAGAUCUUGGCUUUUUCAGCACAUAGGGCAUCCUUAUCCAACAGAGGAUGAGAAGAAACAGAUUGCAGCACAAACAAAUUUGACACUACUCCAGGUUAACAACUGGUUUAUCAAUGCUAGAAGGCGAAUUCUUCAGCCAAUGCUGGAUUCCAGUUGUUCUGAAACUCCAAAAACAAAGAAGAAAACAGCUCAGAACAGACCAGUUCAGAGGUUCUGGCCUGACUCCAUUGCUUCUGGAGUUGCUCAGCAGCAAUCUAAUGAGCUUACAAUGUCAGAUGGUGCUGUUGUAACAAUUACAGCUCCAGUCAACAUGAAUGUAGACAGUCUCCAGUCUCUGUCAUCCGAUGGUGCUACUUUGGCUGUUCAGCAGGUUAUGAUGGCAGGGCAAAGUGAGGAUGAGUCUGUAGACAGCGGUGAAGAUGAUGGAGGAGAUCUCUCAACGACAAAUAUCAGUGGGCUGGUCUUGGAUAACAGCGAUUCUCUGCAGUAGGAAUCAAGACAGAGUGACAAAAUGCUUAGGAAAAAGAACUGACUGACUGUUUUUAUAGUUUGCACAGCAAACAUUUUACACAAGUUUUAUUUCUAAUAUGUUUUAUAUGUAGAUAUAGAAGGGUGCACUUUUUUGUAUUUCAUAGUAAGCUUAAAGAGUGUUUUUGCAGGUGCAGCAACUUCUUUCAAAUGUGUUUUUUUCAUUUCAUUUUCUUAUUUCAGAAAAUUGUAUCUAGUAAUAUAAAGAACCACAUAAGCACCCUUUUGUUCUCUGAGGAAUUGGAAGUGCUGCAAUUUCUGAAGAAUUAUGCAGUUUCAGUAAGUGCUGUUAUUUAACACAGCUCUUGAUGGGCAGAUGAUGUAAAUUUAAAGCAUGUGACACUAGUGUGUGGAACUUGAUCAUUAAGUUAGAUGCAUAUAUUUGAAAGAUGCUUCUGCACCUUAAAAACUGCUAGUCUGAGGUGGACAGCAACACACAAAAAGAAAAUGGUGAUGUGUGAUUCAGUAGCGAAUGUAUGGCAAUUUAAAUAAGUUUAGUUUCUCUCAUAGUCAGUGAGCCUGUUUAUCAUUUGCUAUAAAAACUCCUAUUUUUACCUUGCCGGGAUUAUUGGAUAAAAAAUAUUUUUAUAAAUUCAAUAGGAAUUGGGAUGACGACUGUAUUAAGCAGGAGAAAAACAAAUUUCCAGAGGGGAAAAAUGAAUGUUUAGUAUUCCUAUUUGGAAGGUCUGAAAACUGACCGAAUUUAAUAAACAAGACUACAGUAGCAUUCUAUGAUUCUCAGCUAUCCCAUAGUGGUAUAGUAUAUUUGAUAAUAGCAUAAGAACAGCCCACUGUUUGAUGGGAUUUUGAUAUUGUCAAACUUUGAUUUAUAUUAAGUGUAAACUAGUAUUCAAAUAACAUUAACGCUGUAUCUAAACUUGUAUCUGAAGAUGUUUGCAAAAUGAGUAUUCAGGUAAGUAAAUUCAAACACCCACAACACUUCCAGCUAUUAGAGAAGUUUAACAGUUUAUAGUUUGAUUCUAAAAAAUGAAAAGUUGCCUAUUAUAUGGUGAUGAGUUUUGCUAUCUUUUUGCUAUUUUAUUGCAUUUGAAAUAUUUUUUCCCCCAGUACAAAAAGAAAUAAUUUAUGGAUUUAUAUAAAGUUUUCUCAAAGCUGAAGGUCACUACGAGAAUAUACAGCAGGCUUAUUAGAGUAGGAGAUCCUUGUGUGUCCUUUAAAAACUGAGAUCUUGUGAUGAAAGCACAUUUUUUUUUUGUUGUAUGUGUGGUAAUAGACCAUUUCUUUUUUUUUCCCAAAGUUUGGAAUCUGUGUCUGUCUACCCGUGAACACUUGCUUUUGGAACUUUGAAUUUCCUGUUAUUAAGUAUAAGUAACAGACUCCAAGAGUCUCAUGGUAUGAUCAAGGUCCUCUUUUCUUCCCAGUCCAUUUGUCCCUCUCUAGGUUUAGAUCAAAGACAGAAAUUUCUUCUGAUUUAGACCAAAUCUAGUUGCAUUUCUAAAAUGACAGGGAAAAGGACAGGGGAAAGCUUUUAGAAUCUUAGACGUUGUAUUUGAACAAAGCCCUUUACCAAAUGCAAAGAUUGAAUACUUAAUUUUUGCUUCACAAAAUGCUCGGGCACAUGCUUAGAUCUCAUUGAUUUCAAUAGGAUUAAAGCAUGUAUUUUUUUGACAUGCUGAAGUGCUUGGAAGUAGAUCUUUAAAGACUGUUUCACAAGGCAAUUUUAAGUCAGUAUGAAGAAAGAUUUUAGAAAGAAAUGCCAUACUAGUGACUAGUAGCUGUUUUGAAAAAUUGGUGUUGGACUUUACUCAGCACAAGUGAUGUUUCUGCAAUGGCUUUCACUUACUCCCAGUUGGGGGGAUUUUGCUUCUUGGUUCAAAUGCAGUAAUGAUCUACUUCAGCCAAGUUUUGAUUUCUAAAGAAUUUGUUUUAUUCUAACUUCUCCACUUCGCCACUAAUGUGCCAUGCUUAUUAAAGAGCAUAGUAAAUGAAUAAUGAAAGAUUUAAUUAGGAAGACUUUGGCAUAGCAUAACUAACUCAAUGGCUUUUGUAAAAUCUAGUUUGACCCCAAAGUAUUUAAAAAGACAACUAUUGUGUACGAAUCAUGCUCCUCUGGAAAUAUUCAACCUACUGUUCCUACAAAUGAUACCUGAGAUAAUGAGAACCAAGAAACAGAUUCUGUAUUUUUCUUUUAAGUUACUUUUGUUUAACUCCUCAAGCACUUUGUCACCCUCACAGUUUCUAUUAUAUAAUUGGUUUUGUUUGUUGGUUUGUGUAGGGGUUUUAUUCAGAUACCCUUGUUCAUAAUAAAUAGUAUGUUAAUUCUAGCACUACUUCUAGCGUGUAGGAGAUGAAUAAUCUACUUCUCGGUGCGUACAGAGCUGUGGACAAAGAUGCUUUUCCAGAUCAACCUGGGCUAGAAGAAUAGGCCAUUGCUCACUUUGUCCUUUCCCUUUCUGACUAGCGAUGUUGAUGCCUCAGAUCUACCAGGGAGCUUUCCCUAGCCUGCCCCAAGGUGGGCUGGGGAACAGCUCAGCCAGCGUAUCUGUGGCUGUAGCAAGCAGUGUAGGGAAGGGCAAAAAUGAUCAGAACUUCUGUGGUUUAUAGACGUAUAACAGGCAUUUGCCUAUUCUUCAAGACUAACAGAAUUGAGAUCUUAAAAAAGAGAGGGUAUUGAUACCAUUUAAUCUGUAUACACCUGGCUGGAAGAGAAUUCAGAAAUAUGUGUAGUUUAUCUCACAUCUUGAACUCAGUUGGAAACAACUGGGCUUCAGGGCUUGCAAAUUGCUGAAAGUUUAAUUUUUGGAACAAAUUAUUGUCUGAUUAGUUGUUUUAUUUUUUAUUUUCCUUUCUUUUUUUUCCCCUACUUGCAGCAGAAGCUUUAUUUUCCUGAAAUAUUUGCAACUUUAUCUUCAGCUUGUGUAUAAAUACCUGGAAAAUGAAGCUGACUGGAAAGUUACUGUGAAAGGGAGAAAAAUAAGUAGUUUUAUCAGCAAAUCAGAAAAAAAACCUAGCAAAGUGAAGUGAAUUAUUAAAACUGAAAAAAAAAUUGUAAUCCACGAUAUCGCAACAUAUGGAACUCAAACCUUCUCUUUUAAUUCAGUUAGAGUAAGUUUUCUUUCCAUGACUUCAGAAAGAAAGAAAAGUGAUAUUCUUCCCUUUUUAUUAUAUAAGAAAGAUUGCUAGUUUAAAGGAAGCAUCUCUGCUCCUCUGCUCUGGAAAGAUAGACGUUUAUAUUAGACAGUUAGUUACAAAGUCUUCAUAGGGGACCUAACUUUAAACUUUAAAGUCACAUUCAUACAUAACAGAAGAGCUAGCUUGUUUUUAAAAUCAAUGCAACUCUUCUGCAAUUGUGAUCAUGGAAACUCAAUCUCAAUGUAAUCUGGAUCAUUAACCCCCAAAGGGGUUCACAGUCCACUUUUUCCAAUAUUUCUAUAGCAAGCAAGCCAAUUUCCUGUUAUUCUUUAACGUUAGGAAUAUUGCAAUUAGUAAAUCAAUUCCCAAUUGAUCAGUGUAUAUUUAAAAAUGAUUAUUCCAAAGAAAUAAUCAUGUUAGAAUUAAACACUUAGAAUUGGCAGGUAUGGCUCUGACUCUGACAGUUUCCUAGUUCUGGAUAGGGGGCCAAGAGGUGUCCAGCUAACCUCGGGGUUACUCCAUAAGGUGAUACCUUAACUGCAAGAGAACUGCUCCCUUCUUCUGGACCCUGCUUAUGAUGAGAAAGCUUUUGGAGGGCCCUCUGGCUUUCUCCUGCCUGCAUGCCUUAUUUCCUUCUGAAACCAGGGUAGGGCAAGGGGAUUAGAAGAGCAGGAGCAUGUGUGGAGCUGGUGUGCACCAGGUAUUCUUUGGUCAGACUAUGGCCAGAAAAUGCACCUCGAUCAACGAACUGGACUGUUCCUACUUCCUGUGCUUUAAAAGUAACUUCGAGUUUAUGGAUCUUCUUGAGCAGGGCCACAGAGACUUAAUGCAUGGAUAAUACACCUAUUUGUUUCUCUGAUCAUGUGGAAUAAGAAUUAGAAGGCAGGUCAACUUCCUGACUUCAUGAACUUGAAAGGCAAAAGGAUGAAAGAAGGUCUUUUCAAGGGAGGAUAGUUUCAUAAAAGCUAUUAGCCUUGCAGCAGUUAAAAGUUAUUUUGAAAAAUGAAAGCACAUGCAUUUAAUUGGGAUUAAAGUUAAUUUAAGAUCUGUUUUCUGAAGCUACGUUAUCUUGGGAGAAAAAAAUGAAUAAGCAUUUGUCUAUGCAAGAUGAAAGUCAAAAGCAUGUUGUAUGAAUCUGCCAUUUUUAGAUGCUUUAUUGUUGUCUUUUUGGCUCCUGUUACUUUGAAUCUUUUAAACCUUUCAGCCUUAAAUUCAGCUUAGUUUUAGAGAUGAAUAGGCAAAUGUCUGAAAUGCUGUUGGAAAUGUAACUGACCUUCAUUCACUUGUGAAAAUCCUGCAUGUUAAAUAAGAGAAGAGAAAUGUUUUGGGUCCCUAGUAAUAAAUUCAGACUAUCACUACCUCCUAAAAACAAAGCAAGCUGGCAAAUAUCCAUGGAAAAUACAAGUUUAACUGUAAUGUUCAAACCAGUCUUACACUAAAUACACUUUGCUAAGUCCUAAAAUGACUUGAUCACCCAGUAUAAAAUAUAGUAAAAUUGGCGCUGGUGCGCUCUUAAAUGAUUUCUCAAAUCAUAUUACUUGAUCAUUGUUGUCUCCUGAAAAUAUAAAAUCUGUUCUUUUUCUGUGACUUAGUUUAGAAUAAGCUGAGUGAUCACAGCUGUUUUGCCAGAGAAAAGCAAUGUGGGAGAAAGCGCCUUACCAACCUUGUAGACUACUAUGAAGAUACUUAAAUGGUAUUAAUAGAACCCGAUGUUUUCAGAUAUUGAUGGAAGUGGCCCAUAAAAAUUUUCAAUGGUUUAGCAACAUCAGGUUUGUACAAUUGACAAUCUUUAAAAUGUGAAGCCUGUAUUAAUUUUUUUUUCUCCCCUGGAGAGGUUGUUAAGGGAUUUUGUGAAGCAACUGAUCUAUCAGAAGAUAAAGAUCAGAACAUGCUUCAUGGAUGAUGUAUUUUUACACUACUGCUUUUGUGAAUUUAAAAACGCAUCUUUAAAGUAAAGCAUUUACAUUUCAUUAGCAGUACUGUUUGGCUGAAACACAUGUUUUCAAGAAAUCUUGAGCAUAGUUUCAAACUAGUUAACCAAUUCUUGGCCAAGAAGAGUCUUUGGCCUCUCUGUUUGUUUGGGUUUUCUUGUUUAUGCAAAUACAGAAAAAUGUUUACUAGUUCUUAACAAUACGGGAAUUUUUAUUAUGCUUUUGUAAUGCAGGAGCAGUUUUGAAAGAAAGAAUAAGCAGGUAAAUAGCCCAUAA